ACUGCAAGAAUGAAAUUGCAAAGUUUCGAAAGAUAUGCCGCUGUUCUUCUUUUACUGGCAUUAGUCAGAGAUUUAUCUGGAGCUUCAGAUACUCAUGACUGUUGGAAUACGGCUGAUCGUGGGGCAAGUUACCGAGGGAAUAUGACUGUCACAAAUGGUGGAAAAACUUGUCAACGAUGGGAUUCGCAGAGCCCGCAUAAACAUACAAGAACUGCAGAAGUCUUUACCCAUUCUGGAUUAGUAAACAACUUAUGCAGAAAUCCUGAUGCAGAACCAUUGGGACCUUGGUGUUACACAACAGACUCGGAGAAACGUUGGGAAAAUUGUCCAAUACCGAAGUGUGAAUAUGUCCAUAGCCAUCCAACCUCGUUCAUUUAUGACAAAUGUGGUUUGACACCAAAAGAGAAUGUAGACUGGUCUCAGGCAAGUAUUUAUGAACGUAUUUGAUGUAUGAAGUAUACAUGCUAAACUAAUGGAAUACUUCAAUAAGUAAAUAUGAGAACACUUGCCCUUCGAAAUGGGGUGCGGCAAUUUUGGAAAACUCUUCAAUACCCAAUUGCAAAUAAGAUCAAAUUAUAUUUAACUUUUCUUGAUAGGUACCUUCUUCAGUCUGGUAUCUGUCAUCUAAAUCUCCAGAUGGAAUGUUUU